AUGUCGUCCCUGUGUGUCCUCGCUCUCCUCUGUUUGAUGACUCUGACUCGUUCAGCUCCUCUGACCUGUGAAGAACUGCUCCGGCCUUUGGAUCGUGUCGAUCUCCAUGGUUUGGAAGGCAGACGGGCUUUAGUGGCAGCCAGUCUGAGCCACCCACCGUUCAUGGAGCGACUAAAACAGAGAGAAACCGCCUCCAUUGACUUCUCCAGCAACAGCAGUGACACCAGCAUCUCCUUCAGACGCAGCACGCGCUUCGAUAACGUGUGCCACUACGGAUCCUACAACAUCUCCCUGCAGGGCAGCAGCUUCAUCUUUGACAACAUCACCACCACCUUCACCCACACCUGUGACGACUGCGUGCUGUUGAGCUUUGACGUUAAGUCGGAGAAGCGGCAGCAUUUCUACCUGUUCAGCAGGAGGAGACAGCUGCAGACGGAGGAAAUCGAGGAGUUUAAGGCUCAGGUGAAGUGUCUGAACAUGCCUCCACCUGUUGUGAUGGAUCCUACCAAAGAGCUUUGUCCAGAGGAGACCAGCAGGGAAGCAGCUGCUCCGACAGAAGAGAAAGCAGAGGGACAGAAGGACUGA